AUGGACAGCUUCAGCCAGCCACUAAAAGCGAUUCUCAGCCCCAGUCACCUCGCACAAUUCCAAGACUCGGAAACAUAUGAGAAAGUGGUGAAAUACAUCGAGAGGCUCAACGAUUCAGUUAUUGGUGUGAAGACCAGGGAUGAUUGUUCCGAAUCUGAGGGGAUAAAAGCUGUUCUUUCAAUACUCGACCAAGUGGAGGAGAUAGCAAAAAGCACCCCGCCUGUCAAUAAUGCUGCCUCCCGUUUUGGAAACCCUGCUUUCAAGGACUUCUAUGACAAAGUGUCGUCGGCCUCCUCUUCGUUACACGAACAGCUCCCAGACAUACCAUCCGAAGCCAUCGAUGAACUCUCCGUAUAUUUCCGAGAAUCUUGGGGAAAUCGCUCUCGAAUUGACUACGGGAGCGGUAUGGAAUUAAAUUUCCUCUGCUGGAUAUUGUGCUUGGAAGAGCUGAAGGUUGUACAAGAGUCCGACCACACAGCUUUGGUGAUCCGCGUCUUUUGGCGUUACAUCGCGGUAAUGCGCAUCCUACAGCAGUCAUACUGGCUAGAGCCUGCAGGCUCACAUGGAGUAUGGGGUUUGGACGAUUAUCAUUUUCUGCCUUUCUUGUGGGGAUCUGCCCAGCUGAGAAAUCACAGAUACAUCAAACCAAAAUCCAUUCACGACACGGACAUCGUUGAAGAAUUCUCAAGGGAUUAUAUGUACUUGGCGUGUAUCAAGUUCAUCAAUUCCAUAAAAUCAGCAACUCUGAGGUGGCAUUCACCCAUGUUGGAUGAUAUCUCGGCGGUCAAGACAUGGGAGAAAGUCAACACAGGAAUGAUCAAAAUGUACAAGGCUGAGGUUCUGAACAAACUUCCUGUCAUGCAGCAUUUCCUCUUCGGUUCCAUCCUCUCCUUCCAGCCAUUGGAUCCAGAGGACAAAGAGGAUGAGACAUUGGACGAUCCUCACACUGGUCACGCCCACCCCCACGUUCACAACCACACGAAUGGCGAUCGUGUUUUACCAAACGGGAAAGUCAUCCACCUGAACCCUUCCACUCAAUACAAUAAUGACGGACCAGGAGCAGGUCAACUCGAGUCUGGCUGGGGCGAUUGUUGUGGUAUCCCUGUUCCGAGCGCCCUUGCUGCCGCGGAGGCUGAAAAGCAGAAAAAUCCGAACACAUUGCGGGGCAUUCCAAUGCGUGAAGGGAUUCGGCUGGUACCGUUUGAUUGAUGUCUGAUAGUGUUGAAAAUGUCCAGAUUCUUCAUCGUGUUCGGGCUUUGCGUUUAAGGAAAGUUGAAACUCUCCAGACAUCUUCAAGAUCACCCACAUCAGACCUUGUGAUAAACGCACAAAGUAAAACCGGCAGCCCAAUGCUACUCGGCCUAGUAGAAUUAUA